UAUCAGCUGUUGUGCGGGGAGCUACAUUCAGUGAGCACACGCGAGGAAGCUGUCGGACUCACAUGCUUGUUUGGUGGUUCUAAAGCGGCUUACUUUAGAUGUAGUUUGGAUACAGUGCAACAAAUCAGACACUGAUAAUUGGAGAUGUCCGCGUCAUUGAUCAGGAGAGGCCUGGAACUCCUGAGCGAUGAUAUAAAAGACAGCAGUCGAGAGAAGAAGAAGAAGAAGCAGACCCCCAGUUCGGCCACAGUGAUGGAUCUGAUCAGCACCAAGCGGCAGGGGGUCACCAAACAGGUCAAGAGGCUGCAGGGCCGCCUCGGGCCCGGGAAAAGCAAGGCCACAGUCAAAGACAAGCGGAUCCGAUCAGCAGUGGAGGAUUUUAGAAAAAACCAACCAAAGAGCCAGCUGAGCGCCAAUCUGAAGUACUUUUUGGAAUCAACGGUCAAAGCUGAAGCCCUUGAUACAACGAAGAUUUUGAGACACAGUAGAGGGAGGCAGUCAAGAAAUCGCCCCAACGAACCCGUGAAAAAGUCCAGGGAGCCUCAGUCGUUGUUCACGGAGGAGGAGUUUGUGCAGUUCCAGAGGGAAUACUUUGGCAGGACUGUGGAGGAAAAGAAAUGACACCAACUCCGAGGGGAAACAUCAAAAAAGGACGCAAACCACGGAGAAAGCAGCCGGACUGUGUUGUGUGGAUCAAAAUGGAUUUUUCAGUGAGAAUGCACUAGAAUUUAAUUCCACUGCACUCCACAGAAAUACUUUAUGACCGAAACAGUAAUACACCCUCCCUAUUUAGAGGUGGGAUGUACAAGUUUAUUAGAUCAUAUUUCAAAACUUACUGUGGAAAACAGUAGUGGAUGAUUUGUGUACAUUAUGCUCUUCUAAUUAAAAAAUGUUGAAGAAAAGAAAACAUGUUUGACUUCAAAUACUUGGCAAAAAAUUAGUGUGAAGUAUUGCACUUCCCCUCUUCCUGUUAUACUUAAGAGCGCUGAUGGAGUAUUUAUACAGGUGAGCGGAUAGACCAAACACAGCAGACGGCUGCGCAUUAGACAAUUAACAAGAGUGUAGCUUUACGGACGAACCUGAACAUUUAUUUCACAUCAAUAAAUGGGUAACGAAGCACGUUGUGGCGGCACGUAGCUGGUAGAUGUGUUUCUGUGUGUGACAAAUUAAGGUAUCAAAUCCCGUUGUUAACAUGAACACAAAAGCUAUAAAUGUCUGGGCAAGGUGAGAGUUCUUCUAUUGAACUCACUGAAGAUGAACACAUAGACCAAAAGCUGGACUACAGACAUUUUACCAAUGUUUUAUCUUUUUUUUUUAUCAGAUUAUUCGAUUACUAAAAUAUUCAUUUACAACAACCCUAACCGGAACAUAUGAACUGUUUAAGGAAAAGCCUCUACUGUUUAUACAACCUGUUGAAUAAACAGUACAACUCACUACA